GAAAGCGCCCGUUCAAAUCUGUCGGCGGCAGUCGGCGUGUUGCGUGUGUCGACGCCGGUUCAGGCCGCAUUCGAUGUCCCACGAUGGCAUCGCAUCGCAGCCUUCAACUACUCCCAGUUCUGUUCCUCGUCGCCGCCGCCUGCCUGGCACUCGGGAAGCAGGUGGACCCCGACAUUACCUUUGACGAUGCGGGUGACCCUGUGGACCACGAGGCGGCCGCGAGGUUGCGGCGGCGUUCCGCCGCGCAGGACUCCAGCCUAUCGGGGUUCGCAAGUUCCAUUCUGCGGCGAGUGCGGAGGGCCUGGUUUUUUGGAAGCAGUGACAAAGAACCCAGCAGCGUACCUCCCACCGAGGCGCCGGAAGUGACCUCCACAACCUCGCCGGCUCAGUACACGACUCGGCGCUACUCUCGGAACUCGGACGACGACGGUUUUGAGGCCUCGGGCGACGGCAUCGGGGACGACGAAGAUCUUGACGACGUUUCGUCGACCACACACAGUGGCGCCGGUUACCCCACGUUCGACGGUGACAGGAAGUUCGUGGGCAGCCCGCACGUUCCCGACGGCUCCGGUAGGCCCACCAAGACGACGCACGAUCAACUGCCCCCCGCCGGAUCCUCGCCCAUGUUCCGGAGUUCCUUGCGCAUCCUGAACCAGCAGUUCGACGCGAGCCUGGUGCAUCGUGACAGCGAGGCCUUCAAGCAGCUCAGCGCGGAAUUCAAGGAGGCUCUUGCCCAAGCCCUGGGGCGUCAUCUGCUGCCCCCGCACAACGUGCCCUCCGUCGAGGUCCUUCGGAUCGCACCGGCCCCCGAGGCCGAGGCGCUCACCGUCACUUGCGACGUCAAGCUUCCUCGCGGCGAUCCUCGGGCUCUGCAGCGCGCCAUCCGCUCCGUCAUCGACAGCGGUCGCCUCGGCAGGUUUCGCGUCUCCGGUUCCGAGUCCACCUUCACUCAGCUUGGCGUGCCCACACCUCAUCCCGGUGGCAUUCAUUGUGGAGCCCACCAGUUUGCCUGCGAUGACAACAGGCGGUGCGUGGACAAGUCGCGUAGGUGUGAUGGCCAUCGCGAGUGCAAUGACGGCUAUGAUGAAGAAAACUGUGUGGAACCAGGUUCUGAAGGUCCUCCACAUCAAGGAUUUCAGUGCAAGCCUGAUCAAUUCAAUUGUGAUGGCCGUAGGUGUUUAGAAAAAUUCCAGAAAUGUGAUGGUCAUCGUGACUGUGUUGAUGAGACUGAUGAACAGGACUGCCCCCCUAGAGCAGUACCUCCUCACCACACUGAUGGAUUCCAGUGCGGUCCUGACCAGUUUGUUUGUGAUGGCCGUCGAUGUGUGCCUUCUGCGGGCAAGUGUGAUGGUCGUCCUGAUUGUGCUGAUGGCACUGAUGAACAGGACUGCCCAUCAAGAGAAGUUCCGACUCAUCAUGAAGGAGCUCAUUGUGGACCCAAUCAGUUUGUUUGUGAUGGCCGUCGUUGUGUUGAUGCAUCUGGAAAAUGUGAUGGUCGCCCUGAUUGUGCUGAUGGCACUGAUGAACAUGAUUGUCCAUCAAAAGAAGUUCCUACUCAUCAUGAAGGAUCUCAUUGUGGACCCAAUCAGUUUGCUUGUGACGGUCGUCGUUGUGUUGAUGAAUCUGCAAAAUGUGAUGGUCGUCCUGAUUGCGCUGAUGGCACUGAUGAACACGAUUGUCCAUCAAGAGAAGUUCCAACUCAUCAUGAAGAAGCUCAUUGUGGACCAAAUCAGUUUGUUUGUGACAGUCGUCGCUGUGUUGAUGCAUCUGGAAAAUGCGAUGGUCGUCCUGAUUGUGCUGAUGGCACUGAUGAACAUGAUUGUCCAUCGAAAGAAGUUCCAACUCAUCAUGAAGCUCAUUGUGGACCCAAUCAGUUUGUCUGUGAUGGCCGUCGUUGUGUUGAUGAGUCUGCAAAAUGUGAUGGUCGUCCUGAUUGCGUGGAUGGCACUGAUGAACAUGAUUGUCCAUCAAGAGAAGUUUCUCCUCCUCAUGGUGAAGGUGUUCAGUGUGAACACAAUCAGUUCAUUUGUGAUGGUCGACGGUGUGUUGAUGUAUCAAAGAGAUGCGACAACCGCCCUGAUUGUGCUGAUGGAGCUGACGAACAUUACUGCUCGUCGACUGAAGUGCAUCCACUUCAUGGAGAUGGAUUUCAAUGUGGACCGCAUCAGUUUGUUUGUGAUCACCGCCGGUGUGUUGAUCUGUCUAGAAAGUGUGACACGCGUCCAGACUGCCUUGAUGGAACCGAUGAACAUGAUUGCCCAUCGAUUGAAGCUUUCCCUCACCAUUCUGAAGAGAUUCUCUGUGGACUCGAUCAGUUCGUUUGCGAUGGUCGCCGAUGUGUUGACGCAUCAAGAAGAUGUGAUGGUCACCUUGACUGUGCCGAUGGAACUGAUGAACAUGGCUGCCCACAUAAAGUUCCAUCUCACCACUUUGAAGGAGAUCACUGUGGCUCUGGACAAUUUGUUUGUGAUGGUCGUCGAUGUGUCAAUUCUUCAAGAAAAUGUGAUGGCCACCUUGAUUGUGCUGAUGGCACUGAUGAACAGGGCUGCCCGUCCUUAGAAGUUCCUACACACGCCCCUGGAUCUCAGUGUCAUCCCGAUCAGUUUGUUUGUGAUGGUCGUAGAUGUGUGGACUCAUCUGGAAAAUGUGAUGGCAAGCCUGAUUGUGCUGAUGGAACUGAUGAACAUGACUGCCCACCAAAAGAAGUUCCUUCCCUUUGUGGUCCUGGUCACUUCGUUUGUGAUGGCAGGCGCUGUGUUCCUUUGUCUGGAAAAUGUAAUGGCCAUCGUGAUUGUGCUGAUGGCAGUGAUGAACAAGGCUGUGCAAAACAGGAAAGUGAUGGAGGCAUGGAAGGAUUCCAGUGUAGCCACCACCAGUUUGUCUGUGAUGGUCGCAGAUGUGUCGAUCGUUCUGGAAAGUGUGAUGGCCGUCCUGACUGUGCUGAUGGAUCUGAUGAAAGGAACUGCCCAGGUGCGCCAGGCAGAGACAAAGUCAUGAAUGCGCCUGGGAGCCUGUGCAAUUCGACAGAGUUUCGUUGUCGUGAUGGCACUUGCAUUCCUCUGUCAUAUGCUUGUGAUGGAGAGAUAGAUUGUAAAGACAGCUCCGAUGAGCCUUGUGAUAGUGCUCAUGAUUGUGAACCUGAUCAAUUCAAGUGUGAUGGAGGAAGAAAGUGCGUUGACUCCGCAAGAAAAUGUGAUGGUCACUAUGAUUGUGCUGAUCGCACUGAUGAGCAAGACUGCACGCCUCGUCCCGGAGGGCAACCACUGCCAGCUGUGGAUGACUGCACUGUGGACAAGUUUCGCUGCAGUAGUGGCAAGUGCAUUGCUCGGGCGUUGGUUUGCAAUGGCAGGCGAGAUUGCACAGACAACUCUGAUGAGAGGAACUGCCCAUGCCGGCAGGGGCAAUUUAGGUGUGCCAAUGGCAUUUGCAUCAAGGUGGAAAGGCGCUGCGAUGGCUACCAUGACUGCCAGGAUAGGAGCGAUGAACUUGAUUGUCCUGGUGUCUGCAGAACUGGUGAAUUCCGGUGCCACAAUGGCACGUGUGUCCCUGAACGUGCUCGUUGUGAUGGGCGCAGAGACUGUCCAGAUGGAUCUGAUGAAAGCCAGUGUGCUCCCAGUUGCAGGGCUGAUCAGAUACGAUGCCAUGGUGGCGGCUGUCUAAGCAUCUCCCGAAGAUGUGAUGGAGUUUCAGAUUGCCCCAAUGGAGAAGAUGAGCUGUCAUGUGGCAAUGGGCAUGCGUGCCGGCCUCAUGAGUACAAGUGCUUGUCUGGACGCUGCAUUGAUUCUCGCCAGAAGUGCAACAGAGUGAAGGACUGCCCAGGUGGUGAUGACGAAGAUAAUUGCAUCACUGACACUAAACCAUGUAGGGAAGGUGAAUUUCAAUGCCAAGAUGGGACUUGUUUGCCCGAUUAUGUACGUUGCAAUGGCCAUUCGGAGUGUAGGGAUUCAUCAGAUGAAGCAGAUUGUCAUAAGCACAAGUCCCCUCGGCAGCUGGGCUUUGAGUGUGACGGUGGCAAUUUCAUUCCUUCAUCACUUGUCUGUGAUGGAGAGAUUGAUUGUGCUGAUGAAUCUGAUGAGCACUGUGAUGAAGGUAUGAAGCUAUGCAAUGUGUCAGACUUUGUCUGUCAUGGUGGUGGAUGUAUUCCUCGAUCUGAUGUCUGUGAUGGGGACUUUGAUUGCGAUGAUGGAUCUGAUGAGUUCUGUGAGUGCAAAGAUAAUGAAUUUCAAUGCGGCAAUGGGAAGUGCAUUGAUAUACGGAGGAAAUGCGACAGACGUGUCGACUGUCACGAUUUCUCAGAUGAAGCCAACUGCGAGUGCCAAGACAGUGAAUUUCGCUGUGGUGAUGGCAAAUGCAUUGAAGGCCGAAGACGAUGCGAUGGCACUGCUGACUGCAGAGACUACUCAGAUGAAACCAGUUGUGCCUGCAAGGACAACGAGUUUCGCUGUGGAGAUGGAAGCUGCAUUGAUGUCCGCAGGAAAUGUGAUGGAACUGCUGACUGCCGAGACUACUCCGAUGAAAGGAACUGCAGCUGCAAAGUCAAUGAAUUCAGGUGUGGUGAUGGAGCCUGCAUCGACAAGUCCAGACAGUGUGACCGCACACCUGAUUGUAGAGACCACUCGGAUGAGCACAACUGUCCCAUUCCAGGUUGCUCUGCCUCGCAGUUUAGGUGUGGUGAUGGGCGAUGCAUUGACAUUAACAGAAAGUGCGAUGACAGAGUAGACUGCCCAGACUUCUCUGACGAAGCUAACUGUGUGUCUGAUGCUUGCCGGUCUGAUGAGUUCAAGUGCAAAUCUGGCGAAUGCAUAAGGCUCUCUGGGAAAUGCAACCGUCAAAGGGAUUGUGCUGAUGGAAGUGAUGAAGAAAAUUGCUGCACAGCUGAUGAAUUCCAGUGCAGGACUGGAGAGUGCAUUGCAAAAAGCCACAAGUGUGAUGGCCAGUACCAGUGCAGGGAUGGGUCAGAUGAGCUGGAGUGUAAAUCUCACCUCUGCAGGCCUUCACAAUUCCGAUGUCAAUCGGGGCUCUGCAUAAACAGAGAUGAAUUUUGUGAUGGAGUGCCUCACUGUCCCGAUCGGUCUGAUGAGCUUAACUGCUGGACGUGCCAGCCUGGACAGUAUGUAUGUGCUAACGCUCAAUGCAUUGAACGAUCCCAACGCUGUGAUGGUCGUUUCGACUGCUCCGACUUUUCUGAUGAAGCGGACUGUGCUCCUGAUGCUGGCGUGAACAUCAAGGUCUACCCAGAACGGCAGACAAUAAAACAAGGCCAAGAGGUUGUGUUCCGCUGCCGAGAUGAGGGCACCAGGCGGUCCCAGGUGAAGUGGACCCGGCCAGAUGACAGCCCCCUGCCUCCACAGUCAACUGAUGCCCGUGGCAGGCUGACUAUGCCCAACGUGCAGCCUGACCAUGGGGGCGUCUACCUCUGCAAGGCUGUGGGUGUUCCAGACUCCACGUCGGGGGCUCAGAAGGCUGCUUUCCUCACCGUGCAGCCAUACACUCCACCAACACCAAAACCGGAACGACCGCUAGGAGCUUGCAAACACGAUGAAGCUACCUGUCAAAAUGGAAAGUGCGUCCCGCGGAAGUACGUCUGUGAUGGGGACUAUGACUGUGAUGAUGGCUCUGAUGAGAACAACUGUGCUCAGCCCUCCCUCUGUGAACCCAAUGAAAUGCAAUGUGACAACAAGAAAUGCAUCCUCAAGGUUUAUCUCUGUGAUGGCGAUGAUGAUUGUGGGGAUGGCACAGAUGAGAGAAGCUGCCGUGACAACAUUCCAGGAUCUCCAUGCCGAAUGGGGGAGUAUCAAUGUCUGUCUGGAGACCAGUGCAUCCCAAAGAGUUUCCACUGUGAUGGAGAGUUUGACUGCCAGGACAAAUCUGAUGAAAUUGGAUGCUCACCACCAACCAUCACACAAUCACCCCCAGAAGUCGUUAAUGCCAUGGAAGGGGAGACAGUUAACAUCACUUGCCGGGCAAUAGGCAACCCAGUGCCACUCAUUAACUGGCGCUUGAACUGGGGUCACAUUCCCCCAAGGCCACGGGUAACAACCACAAGUGACGGUGGCUUUGGCACGGUCACCAUCCGUGAUGUACGCCAGUCAGACCAGGGAGCAUGGUCAUGUGAAGCCAUCAAUAGCAAGCAGAGUGUCCUGGCCACUCCGGAUGCAAUUCUUGUAGUCAAAAACAAGGGUGUCUGCCAUCCACCACUGUUCAAUGACAAGGCCCAGUCCAGCUCGGAAUGCCUGCGCUGCUUCUGCUUUGGUGUUUCUCAGACUUGCCAUAGCAGCAGCUUGAACAAGAUAACUAUUCCUCUAGCCAAUGAAGUGUCUGUUGCCACUAUGAGCAUUCUUCCUGAUGGAAGCUACAUGGAUGUCACAGAAAAGUUUAGGCCUAACCAGAAUGCAGUGCAUUCUAACCCUGCAAAUCGAGAGUUCAAGAUAGACAGCCAAGUAAAAACGUCAGAGGCACCUGUUCACUACUACUGGAGCCUGCCUGCAGAAUUUCUUGGAAAUCAGAUCAACAGCUAUGGAGGUCAGCUGAAGUACACCUUUAGGUACCAAGCAUCGUCAAGACCUGUUCAAGCUGCAGACAUUAUCAUCAGAGGAAAUGGGAUCACAUUGUAUCACACCCUGAGGCAGUCGUAUGGUCCUCUGAGAGACAAUGCCAUUGAAGUACAAUUUGUGGAGGGCGAAUGGCACAAGGAUGCCCGACACAGUGCCAUUGGUAGCCCUGACACAGCCACCAGGGAAGACAUCAUGCUUGUGCUGCAAAAUGUGGAAGGCAUUUUUAUUCGAGCCAGCUUUGACAGUGAAUUAGCAGAGUCAAGUGUUCAUGGCCUUGAGAUGGAUUCAGCUUCUUAUUCGAGUCCCAAGAAUCCUCCUGCAUCUUUUGUGGAGCAGUGCUCUUGUCCAACAGGUUACACUGGGAAUUCUUGUGAGAACUGUGCCCCUGGCUACAUCAGACGGCGAUCUGGGCCCUACCUUGGAGAGUGCGUUCAAGGCGUGCUUCCUUGCAACUGCAAUGGCCAUUCAAAUUCCUGUGACCAACAGACUGGCCGCUGUCUGAAUUGUCAGCACAAUACGGAUGGUCCAAGCUGUGAAACCUGCAAGCGAGGUUUUUAUGGUGAUGCAAGGCGAGGUACACCAAGUGAUUGCCAGCCUUGUCCAUGCCCUAUGGUUGAUGUACCUGGACACCUUAUGACUUCCUGGAUUGCUGGUUUCCCCUCAGAAUGGUUUUCACCAACCUGUGUGUUGGAGGCUGAUGGCCAAGUGACCUGCAACUCAUGUCCAAUUGGUUUCGAAGGCAGGCGUUGCGAACGCUGUGCUCCAGGCUAUGAGCGAUACCCACCUGGCUCUGUUGAUGGAUCUUGCCACUUAAAAGAAUGUGAACCUGGCCAGUUCCAGUGUGGUGAUGGGUCAUGCAUAGAUUACAGGAGAAGGUGUGAUGGUCAUUAUGACUGUAAUGAUUACACUGAUGAACAGAACUGUGCAUGUGGUUAUAACCAAUUCAGAUGUCCUGAUGGAACUUGCCUCAGUGUUCGCAAAAGGUGCGACGGCAAGGCAGACUGCAUAGACAUGUCUGAUGAGAGCAAUUGUGGUGCACCACAGUGCGAUACAGCUGGCAGCUUGAGUCCACAGCGAAGCCCAUCAACUGGCCUGUGUCAGUGCAAGCCCCUCGUUACAGGAGCCUCAUGUGACCAAUGCAAGGCAAACUCCUUCCACCUUCACCCAAGUUCUCCUCUUGGCUGUGUGGAAUGCUUCUGCAUGGGCAUCACGAAGUCCUGUUCUAGUAGCUUCUACCACAGAGAGCAGGAGGUGUUGAGGUUCUCGACCAGCACUGAGGGCGUCCAUCUGACAACUUUAGACAGAGCUACCACAAUUGACCGUGGACUGAAACUGGAUCCCAGGAGCAAGGAGCUGGUUUAUCAGGACUUCACAUCACAUCCUCGUCAGUCGUACUACUGGCAACUUCCCCAGAGAUUCUUGGGUGACAAGGUUACAUCAUAUGGAGGAUUUUUAAACUAUACAAUAAGGAGUCAUGGUACUGACAGACAAAGCAGAAGUCCCGAUGUCCAGAUCACAGGAAACAAGAUCAUACUCAUCUACAGGCACCCUGAAAGGCUGAAACUCAGGUUUCCACAAACAGUGUCCAUUCCAAUGUAUGAGACUUCAUGGAUCAGAGCUGAUGGCUUACCUGCAACCCGAGAGCACUUCCUAAUGGUGCUUGCUGACUUGAGCUCCAUACUUGUAAAAGCAACACUCAGUGAAGAAACAGACACUGCCAGCCUUGUGGAGGCAUCUCUUGACAUAGCUGUGGAGUAUCCCACUGGCCAGGCUUUGGCUCAUGCUGUGGAGCACUGUCGCUGCCCCAUUGGCUAUAAGGGACUUUCGUGUGAGGAUUGUGAUGCCGGCUACACACGCUCGGGUGCUGGCCUCUACUUGGGACUAUGUGUGCCCUGCUUCUGCAAUGGCCAUUCCAGUGACUGCGACCCAGAGACUGGAGCCUGCAGUAACUGCCAACACAACACACAGGGUGAAUAUUGUGAAGAAUGCCUACCUGGUUUUAUUGGUGAUGCUACUGGAGGCACUCCAAGUGAUUGUGAGGCUGUCCUGGUGCCUUCUUGUAGAUGUGACAACAGAGGUAGUACAAGGCAAGAGUGUGACGCCAGGGACAACUGCCCUUGCAAGAGCAAUGUGCAAGGAAAGAACUGCAAUCGCUGCAAGGAAGGAUAUUUUAACUUGGAAGCAUCUAACCAGGAAGGCUGCUCGCGUUGCUUCUGUUUUGGGGUCACUGAACAGUGCAGCAGCAGCUCUUAUUACAGGAGCGAGAUCAAGAUGCUCUUGCAAGACUUGAGAGACCCAUAUGCCCACAAUUUCCAGCUGUCUAACCGGUACCAUUCUAACAUUGUCACGGAGACUAUCGUUGUGAACCCAUCAAACAAUGAAGUCAGCUACUCAGCGUUCCCACGUGAUCCCACUGAAAAAGAGACCCUGUUUUGGUCGCUUCCAGCACAGUUCUUAGGCAACAAGCUUGCAUCUUAUGGAGGAGUGCUUCGCUACACCCAACGAUUCACAGCAGACAGUGAUGGAGAAACCUACAGCGAUGCUGAUGUUCAGAUCACUGGAAACGGAGUCACCAUAUUCUACGUAAACAUUCCUCCUCUCCCACCCUCUGAGACAAGAACCUUUGAAAUAACUUUAAGAGAGGAUAAGUGGCAGCGAGUGGAUUCUCGUGGCCCCACAGUAGCCACCCGAGAGGACAUAAUGAAGGUGCUGGCCAAUGUGGAAGUCCUGCUGAUCCGGGCAUCCUUCAACUCACGCAUGCACAGCUCCAGCCUGAGUGAUGUCUCACUCUCAACAGCCGUUCCUCUGCGAUCCGCAGGCCAUGCCGUGGCCAUUGAGGUGGAACAGUGCAUCUGUCCUCCUGGAUACAAUGGUCUCUCCUGUGAGGAAUGUGCACCAGGCUACAUCAGGGACGUCAGUGGCCCUGGCCUUGGAAGAUGCACACGGUGCCGCUGCAAUGGCCAUUCAGAGUCUUGUGAUGCAGCAACUGGAAACUGCGUUAGGUGUAGGCACAACACUGUCGGAGAUUACUGCCAGAGGUGUGCUGACGGUUUCUAUGGUGAUGCAACUAGGGGCACACCUGAGGACUGUAAGCCAUGCCCAUGCCCGCACACAAUGCCAUCUAACCAGUUUUCUCCAACUUGCUUUUUGGACACUGACAACAAGCCAACUUGCAAUGCCUGCCCACCUGGCUACACGGGACGGAACUGUGAACAAUGCUCACCUGGCUACAGUGGCAACCCUCUUCAGCUGGGAGGUCGCUGUGAACCUUCGGGAGGCACUACUGCACCAUCACCGCCGACAGUCUCGAUAACUCCCAAGAACCUGGAAGCAUUGCUGGGUGCAAGUACCAGCCUGACAUGCUCUGUAUCUGGGCCACGUCUGCCGAUGCGGUUCGAUUGGAUCCAUGGCACAACUCCCAUCAAUGCGUCGUCUGGCUUGGUCAUCGAAUCAGUGUCCAGCAAGAUAAGCAGGCUGUUGGUGCCAGCACUGAAGACAGAGCACAGUGGGAUAUACACAUGCAGAGCUGUGUGGCCCACACGCUCGUUUCAAGAGGUGGCAUUCGUCCAUGUAUGGGGUGGCGGUGGGCAGUCUAUGAGAGUUCAGGUAGAACAACCUCGAAUUCAAAGAGUUCCGGUAGGGUCGACUGUGACAAUACGCUGCACUGGAUAUUCACAGUCAAAGGCACCUUUCUCUUUGGUGUGGACCAAAGAAUCUGGUAGCUUGCCUCUAAGAGCCACAGAAGCAAGUGGAAUAUUGACGGUGCCAGAUGUUCGUGUUGAAGACAAUGGAACGUAUGUGUGCACCGGUUCGGAUGUAUCAAGUGUUGCCCAAGACAAAGCCGUUCUUCUUGUUGAUGGGCUUGACCAGAAAUCAGCUCCACGAGCACGAAUUGAGCCACAUUUCCAAGAGGUUAAUGUUGGGCAGCCAGUUGAGUUCCGUUGCCUAGCUGACGGCUUCCCUGAGCCAACUGUUAAAUGGUCAGGAGGCCGCAAUGGUAUGGUCAACCCAGAGUCUACAUUCAUCGAUGGAGUUUUCCGGAUACCUGCUGCUCGGAAAUCUGAUGAAGCAGAGUACUUUUGUACUGCAAGCAAUGCCAUGGGAACAGAUAACAUUAGGACAGUGCUGUUUGUGAAAGGAGAAACAAUGGCUGCCAUUGUUUCCGAAGAUGACUCAGGUGCUGGAGAGGGCCCCCACCUUACCAUCCACCCAACAAGUUUUGAGGCCAGAAAAGGAGAGACUGUACGCUUUGACUGCCGAGCUUCUGGACGGCCAACACCAAACAUCACAUGGUCAUUUUCUGGUGGCCCGAUGCCAGACAAUGCCAACCAGGUGGGAGGUGUGCUGACCUUGCUAAAUGUUGACGAACAGAACCAAGGAAGCUACAUGUGCGUCGCAAGCAAUCGUUAUGGAACAGCACAAGGCCAGGCACCUUUGCAGCUAACGACAAGAAGGAACAUCCCUUCAGUGCACAUUGAACCGGAGAGACAGACGGUUCGCCAGGGAGAGGAUGCAAAGUUGCGUUGCAUUGCGACAGGAACACCCACACCAGUAAUCAAGUUUGCAAAAGUUGGAAGCAACUUCACUCAUAGGCACAUUGUGCAAGAUGACACACUGACAAUUGAGCAAACAGUUGUCCAGGAUCGUGGCCACUACAUCUGCUUGGCAGAAAACAGAGAAGGCAUAGCUCGGGCCACUGCUGUGCUGGAAGUGGACCGGAGGGAGGUUCCACUUGUGGAGAUCUACCCCAAGAAUAUACCACCACUUCAUCAUGGAGACACUGCAUUUCUGCAGUGCAGACCUACAGCUGGGAUACCGACGCCAACAGUGGAAUGGACACGUGCUGAUGGCAGUCCUUUCACCCCCAGCACUGAACUGACUGGCCCUGGGAUCAUUCGAUUUACUAGAUUCUCCAAGGAUGAAGAAGGAACAUAUGUUUGUUCUGCUGAGAAUGCAAUGGGCAAGGUGACUGCGCAAACAACUCUAAAGAUGCAGGGGACACCCUUUGUGCGCAUCCUUCAACAGAACCCUUACGCUGUGAGGGUUGGUGACCAGAUCCGGUUGGACUGCAUCGCUGAGGGUGAUCCAAAGCCUGCAGUAAGCUGGGAGCGCAUUGGCCAGCCCAUCACCACUUACUCCAACAUCGAUGAGCUCCAGGGUGGCACCACCACUCUGUUCAUUCGCCGCGUCGCACCUUCAGACAGUGGCAUCUAUGUCUGCAAGGCUACAAACCAUGGAGGGGCAUCUGAAGAGAGGAUUGAAGUUUCUGUUGAAGGAAACCAGCAUUCACAUUCCAUUCCAAAGCUGGUUGCAGAUGAUAGAGUUGUCACAUCUUCACUUGGAAAGAGAGCAGAACUUCGCUGCCACAUUGAAGGAACGUCUCGUCCCAUCCAAAUCGUUUGGUCCAAAGUCCUGCCAGAUGGCAAUUUGGCAGAACUUCCUUCAGACAAUGGUAUUUUGCACUUUGAUAGAGUGCAGGCAAGUGAUGCAGGUGUCUAUGCUUGCCAGGGCAGAGAAGAUGGUUCCGCCAUUCUGGACACUCGUGUUACGCUCGCUCUUGUUGCUCCGCCUCGGAUCCAGCUGAACCCAACACAGCAGACAGUACGUCCAGGCCACCAUGUGCGCAUCCAAUGCUCAGCCAUUGGGGAGCCGCCCAUCACAUACCAUUGGUCAAGGCAGGGUGGGCAGCUGCCUCCAAGCACUGUGCAGAGAGAUGGCGUGCUUGAGUUCCGUGGAAUCUCUGUCACAGAUGCUGGUCGCUAUAUCUGUACAGCAGCCAAUGCGGCAGGAGAAGCUGAAGGGGUCGCUGAUGUUAGGGUCACAGAGGGUGUUGAAAUCGGAUCACUGCGAAAAGAAGAGACGGCAUUUGUGGGCUCGAACAUUGAACUACGCUGUCCACUGACGGGCUCCCCUGAGAGGAUUGAGUGGACAAAGGACACCCAUGCCUUGCCACCAAAUGCUAGAGAAGUGAAUGGAGAACUCUGGAUUAAAGAUGUGCAGCAAAGCAAUGAAGGAAGAUACAUCUGCAAUGCUAUGACAGGGGACAGGUUGAUCUCCAGAGACUUCGUCAUCCUUCAUGUCAGAGAUGUUCCCAGCAUCUCAGUGAGGAUUCGGGCCAACAAGGAGGUUGUCCACAUGGGUGAUAGCCUGGACCUUCACUGUGUUGUGACAGGAGAUGGCGCCGCUUCUGUUAAGUGGACCAAGCUCGCAGCUGAUGAUCGCUUUGCUGAAAACGUGCGAGUGCGUGGUGCUUUCCUCUCGGUGAAUGGUGUUCGCCCUGAAAAUGGUGGUGUCUACCGCUGCUCUAUUGACAGCCCUGCGGGCACACUCAAUGAUGACUACGUCCUUGCCAUUGAAGAAACUCCAACGGUGCCACCCAAUGAAGUGGAGACCCGUACUAUUCCUUAUGGAUCCACUGUUGUAUUGGACUGCCGGCACAACUUGGAGCCUCCGGUUGCCUACACCUGGACACGGGACAAUGGCGAUAUUCCCCACAAGGCUUUGCCUCGUGAUAGCAGCUUGGUUGUACCAGAUGUUCGUGCCAGCGAUGCAGGCACCUACAUCUGCACAGCUAAGAGUGAACGCACCACGCUGGAAGUUCCAACAAUUCUUGUUGUCACUGGUUUGCUUCCACGGUUCACCCAGGCUCCCCUUUCUUACAUGAAGUUGCCAACCAUUGUGAAUGCCUACAUGGGCUUUGAAGUACAGAUAACAUUCAAACCUGAAAAGGAUCACGGGCUACUUCUGUAUAAUGGCCAACAAGAGGAUGGCAGUGGAGACUUCAUAUCUGUAGGUCUGACCAAUGGCUAUGUGGAGUUCCGCUUUGAGCUAGGCUCAGGAGUUGGAUAUCUUAGAAGCCACCAGCCAGUGCAGAUGGACACCUGGCACACUGUUCAGAUCAGCAGGGAGAAGAAAGACGCCAAACUUAAUGUUGACGAUCAGUCAGAAGUUACCGGAACAUCUCAGGGACGAAUGAUGGGGCUGGACUUGACUCAGCCUCUGUUUGUGGGGAGCGUGCCGAGCUUCGACAAAAUCUCGCGUGAUAAUGGCUACAACAUUGGCUUUGUGGGUUGCGUGAGUGAAAUCAAGUUUGGCAGCCAUACCUUGGACUUGGUGAAGGACUCUGAGCAAGUGGGCACUACCCCAUGUGAGACGUGCUCCCUGAACCCGUGUCUGCAUGACGGCGUCUGCCAAGAGGCACCCACAGAGGCUGGCUAUCGCUGCAUCUGCUCACCAGGAUUUUCGGGCCGGGACUGUGAGAAGGUCGGUGAGGCCUGUUACCCUGGAAUCUGUGGCGAAGGUCGAUGCGUCAACCGACCCACUGGAGGGUUGGACUGCUACUGCCCCUUUGGACGAACGGGCCUUCGAUGUGAGAAAGAGGUGUCCAUAGUGGAGCCUGCAUUUGCCGAUGAUGCCUUUGUGGCAUACCCAACACCCAAGAGCUCACAAAGCAGUCUGAGGGUGAACAUGAAGAUCAAGCCAAACAACCUGGAUGACUGCCUGCUUGUCUACUGUGCCCAGUACCCUGACCAGAAAGGAGACUUUACCUCCAUUGGAAUCCGCAAUGGAAGUGUGGAAUUUCGUUUUGACACGGGUUCAGGGCCAGCGAUAAUCAGGCAUCCUGAAAGGCUUCGAGCGAAUGAGUGGAUCACCCUGUCUGCAUCGAGGCAGGCUCAGAAUGGGGAACUGGUGGUGAACGAUGGCCACAGAGAAGUGGGGCGUUCACCUGGCCUCACUCAGGGAGUGAAUCUCAACACCCCCAUGUACGUUGGUGGUGUGGACAAGACCAAAGUCAAGGUUCACCCGGAUGCUGGCGUAUCACAUGGCUUUGAGGGCUGUGUUGCACAUAUUGAAGUGAAUGACGUCAGUGUAGACUUGGUUGGUGCAGUGGUAGACGCAGCUAACGUGGAUGACUGUGGUGGCAGGGCCCCUUGCGAGAAGAAUCCUUGCCAGAACCAUGGCAUUUGCAGGGAACGAGGCCCCAAAGCAGAUGACUUUGAAUGCUUUUGCAAAGCAGGCUACAGCGGUAGAACUUGUGAGAACCAGGAUGACUUCUGUCUGAAAAUCAACCCCUGCCACAACAAUGCAGAGUGUGUUGGACUGGCCAACUCAUACAGGUGCAAUUGUCCGAAAGGCUAUAAGGGCCCCAACUGUGAAACAGAAACCACCUUCGAUGAGUGUGCAAGCUUCCAUGGAGAUGGCUGGGUUGCGCUGAGCAGGGACAGACUGACGCACACUGCAAGCAAUGUGUCCGAAGUUAUCAGGCUCAGCUUCUUGGCAAAGGAUCGUGAUGGACUCCUGCUGUUCCAAGGCCAGCCACGUGGUGUUGAUGCAAAGGGCCAAGACUACCUAUCGUUGGCACUUGUCAAUGGCUACCUUGAAUUCAGCUAUGAAAUGGGAAGUGGCCCUGCUGAGAUUGUGUCAGAAGAAAGAGUUGAUGAUGGACAAUUGCAUGCAGUGGAGCUCAGAAGAACUGGAAAACAGGGCACAUUGAAGAUCGAUAAUAAAGAAGUGCACGGUGAAUCUCUAGGUCUCCUUGUGAUGCUGAACACAAAGAGUGACAUCUUUAUUGGAGGUGCCCCUGAACCAAGAGAAAUGACUGCAGAACGAUAUCACAAGGGCUUCACCGGCUCCGUACUAAAUGUACAGAUCCAGGACUCUGGUGUCCUUAACCUGUACGAUGACUCAACCAGCUCAGCGAAUGCUGAUCAAUGUGAAGAGCAUGUGGGAAGUGGAGACUAUUUCAUGCACUUUGGGACAAGCAACAAGUGACCUUCUGCACAGCAGCUAUUUUCCCAGGCUUUCCAUUAGCUGGAUUUUUUUUUUUUUCCAGUCAUGACACUAGAGCAAGACUGCUUUAUUCAGUCAAGGGGAAAAAGCCUUUUCUUCCUGACUUAGAAACUAGGUAUCAUUUUGUGUUUUCUUUUUGUUUGCUUAAUAGUUGCACAUGUGUUUUUCUUCAUGCAAAGGAGCCAUUUUUGAAAAGGCAGUCUAUUUUCUUAUCAUGUCAUUCACUCUAGUCUCCUGUAUUUAGUUGUGCCACUUUAUUUUGAAGCAAGCAGCAGUGUACAUGUGAUCAACCUUUUGUCCUUGAGUGGAUGAUAGCGUGCUGCAAGAUCCUGCCACAAAGAAGGUUGCUUCUUAUUCUCCAUACUGAGAAAAGCCUUGGAAUUUCUGCUUCAUCUAUGCAUUUCAGUGUUAUCCCACAAACACACAUGGAGUGCAUUUAGUUCACUCAUCAUAGAAUCACUGCACCUUCAUUUUGUGUCACAGAGCCUUCAUUUUCUUUCCCUGUUGAACUGCGAGAUAGGCACACACAGCCAUUCUCGUUUGGUGGCCCUGUCUUUUCAUAAACUGGCGGCAUGUGUGCAUAAGGGCAUUUGCAGCCAUGUCUCAAACUGCUUUAAGCAGCAUGGUGUGACCACAAUUUGCUUCUGUGCAUAGCAGUUGUGCCAAAUUUUUGUUUGUGUGAAGACACUAUGAAACCGGCAAGUCCUUUUUGCAGCCUCAUCUCUUUAACAUUUAUUUGCUUCAUUUGUCUACUUACAAAAAGAAAGAAAAACAAUCGUAGCUUUGUGUACUACUUUGACCUCAGAUGUUUGAGUGCACAUUUGUCCCAGUUCCGGGCAAGUGCCAAGAUGAGUACUUAGAAGAGGAGAAUGUAUAAAAUGGCUUAUUUAUGAUGGCAUACUUUUCUACUUUUUUUAUGCGAGUCUGCAAUGUGUAGUGUGCAUGGCUAGAAUGCAAUCAAUCAAAGGCAGCAGUUGUCCUGUUUUGGUUCAUGAUACAUGACUUAAGUCUAAGCUAAUUUCACCACAAAAUUGUAUCAUUCAGCUGCAGUCAAGGUUUUUCGUUGUCUAUGAAGGUCAGUCUUUUGAAUGGUUAUUGUCACUUGUUUGUUUUUGUUUUUUCGGCAUGGGAUUAAGUAUUCUGAUAUGACAAGUGAUUCAGGUAAAAUCUUACUAUGAGUGUGUACAUAUUUAGAGCGUUGACUGCAGCUUUGGUGGUGUCACUGCCAUUUACAACUUUCAAAUUUUAUAGUUUUUUUUUCCCCCGUUCAAUCUGCUAUGCUGCUUAUUUGUAGAUGUUUACUGCAGGUGCACUUACUUGGUUGCACCUAAUUUCACUGCUGCUACUGCCUCCAAAAUUGCAAUAAAGCUGAUGUUUGUUAAUGUU